UAACGAGCAAAGCAGACGAAGCAAAACAAAUUUGCGCCGCAGCAACAGGGACUGAGUAUUUUCAGUUAAUUUACAAAUUAAACAUGCCAAAAGUAAAAACAGAGAAGAAAACUCGCAUACAUAAUGAGGUGCAAAAGCAAGGCAUUGUGUUUAAUAAGGAUUUUGGUCAGCAUAUAUUAAAAAAUCCGUUGGUUAUAACGACUAUGUUGGAGAAAGCGGCCCUGCGAGCGACCGAUGUUGUACUGGAAAUCGGUCCUGGCACAGGCAACAUGACUGUGCGUAUGCUGGAGCGCGCCAAAAAGGUAAUUGCCUGCGAAAUUGACACACGUUUGGCCGCCGAGCUGCAGAAACGUGUCCAGGGCACACCUAUGCAGCCAAAACUACAGGUGCUUAUCGGAGAUUUUCUGAAAGCAGACCUACCCUUCUUUGACCUGUGCAUUGCUAAUGUGCCCUACCAGAUCAGUUCGCCACUGAUCUUCAAGCUAUUGCUGCAUCGCCCACUUUUUCGCUGUGCUGUGUUAAUGUUCCAGCGUGAAUUCGCACAGCGCCUAGUUGCGAAGCCAGGUGACAAGCUCUACUGCCGGUUGAGCAUAAAUACACAGCUAUUGGCCCGAGUGGACAUGCUAAUGAAAGUCGGCAAAAACAAUUUCAAACCGCCACCCAAGGUCGAGUCGAGCGUGGUGCGUCUGGAACCGAAGAAUCCCCCACCGCCUAUCAACUUUACCGAAUGGGAUGGCCUAACUCGCAUUGCUUUCCUGCGCAAAAACAAAACUCUGGCGGCUACAUUCAAAGUGAACUCUGUGAUGGAAAUGCUCGAAAAGAAUUACAAAUUAUAUCGAUCAUUGAGGAAUGAGCCAAUUGAAGAAAAUUUUAAUAUGCAGGAGAAGGUCAUGGGCAUACUGGAGGAACUGGGCGUUAGUGGGUCCCGCGCGCGUUCUAUGGACAUCGAUGAGUUUAUGCGCCUAUUGCUGGCAUUCAAUUCGGCUGGCAUACACUUUAACUAAAG